AAUUUAUAGAGCUAAUCAUGGCUCUAAACCUUGUUAAACUUUCAACCUCUUUCCUUUUACUCCUUUUAGGAAAUCCAUUUCCCAUUUUUGAGUCAAGAACCAUAAAACCCUCCAAGGAUCCAUUCAUCAAAACACUCCAAAACCUCAAAGGUGUUCAAAAAGGACAAACCCAAAAAGGCAUAGGAGAACUCAAAAACUACCUUAAAAAAUUUGGCUUCUUAAAUCAUGAUGCUAUUACUUACCCUUCCACUAUUCUAAACGACCACUUUGAUGAAAACUUGGAAUUUUCCCUAAAAGAUUUUCAAACAUACCAUAACCUACAUGUAACUGGUCUUGUAGACACAGCAACCAUAAAACUCAUGAGCCUUCCACGCUGUGGUGUCCCUGAUUUGCAUAAUCAUGGUUACAAUCAUAUUGGAUUAACGAUGGUUUCAAAUUAUACCUUCUUUCAAGGUUCACCAAAAUGGAAAGACUCAAAAAGGAACUUGAAAUACAUGUAUAAAUCAAGUGUUGAUGUGUUGAGUAUGGAUGAUGUGAGAAAAGCGUGCGAGAAUGCAUUUUUAAGUUGGUCAGAAGUUAGUGAUUUCACGUUCACGGAAGUUGGAGUAGUUACUAUGGCUGAUAUAAUAAUCGGAUUUCACCGUGGCGAUCACGGUGAUAAUUGUCCAUUUGAUGGACCUGGAAAUGUUAUCGCUCAUACCUUUGCUCCAGAAGAUGGAAGACUUCAUUUUGAUGGUGACGAACAUUGGACCAACACUCCCACAAGUCUUCAAGAUGACUUUGGUAUUGAUGUUGGAUUAUUGAGGAGGCCUAAUUCUAUUAAAAGAUCAAUGGCAAUGGCGAAACAGUUUGAUUUAGAAACAGUGGCUUUGCAUGAAAUGGGUCACCUUUUAGGGCUUGGACAUAGUAGUGACCCAGAUGCUGCUAUGUUUGCCUAUUAUUCAGGUGUUAGGAGAAAAUUGAAUCAAAAUGAUGUCGAUGGAAUAUUGGCUCUUUAUGUGCUUCAUAAAUAACUAGAAACUAAAAAAAUAGUUAAUCUAGUUCUGGUAAAAAUAUCAUUUGAUCUAUAAGAAAUAGUUUUGUUUUUUUUUGUUUAAAGAGCAUUGAUGUAUUAACAAGUGUUUUAAGAAUCGAAUUGGACUGACCGGUCGAAUUGAGAAUAGAAGGGGUCAUCGAUCAGGUUAUAUUGCUGAAUUGAAUAAGCUAUUAAAUUAGUGGGAACCAAUCAGUGUUGAAUUGUAAUUCCUUGUGUCGAAGCAGGUUGCUCGACAGAAACAAAGAAGUGUUGAACCACCUAGUGUGUUGAGUUGUGUUAGUGUGUCGAAGUGUCGAAGCAUGUUGCUUCACACGGGAUAUCGACUUAGGCCUAUUUUAUUAGUGUUAGUUAUUUUGGGUUUUUAUAGUUUUGGGUUUUUGCUCGAUGUACAAGUUAACCUAAAUCUAUAAAUAGAGGGGGUAACUCUUAUUCUUAUAAUAAAGUGAAUAGAGUAUUCAUAACAUUGUAAUUCACAGUAUUUUACAGUUGCAAAGUGAAUAAGAAGUUUGCCAUAAUUUGUGGGCAGAGAGAAACUCUGCAUGAUUUAAUUAUUA